AUGUUAUCGUCGUCAUCCUCGUCUUCUGCCUCACCCGUUUCCACGGCGCCGUCGACACCGCCUCCCGGACCCUCUCAAUACCUCGCCCUCGGUCAGCCAUCAGUACUCAAGAAACUCGGCUCCCAACUUGAAGAAGGCGACCGGAUCUUAUAUGUCAGCGGCGCUAGCUCUCCCAAGGAGGUGUCCGACGCACUAGCUAAGGCGCGCGAAAUCGCCGGUCUCGCUAGUGUUCAGAUCGAUGGCACAACAGGCGUGAAGUCCGAACUUGUCCCUCCAGCCACCGCCUACCCCAUGUUCUCCAACGCCGGCUUGACCUCUCAGAUCAGGCUCCCGGUCUCCUCCGCGCUCAAUGUCGACGUCCUCUACCGGCCGCCCUUCACGUACCCCACACUCGCAGCUACACCUGCAAACCCUCUCAACCCCACCGCACACCCAUUCGGUAUUCCCUCACGUGAAGACUGGGAGCAGCUAUGGAAGACCUGGGAUACGGUCACUUUGGGCAUGAUUCCCCGUGAGAUGCUGCACGUCAAGCCUAUCGACCUUCGCCAUAUCUGCCUGUUCUACCUCGGCCAUAUCCCGACGUUCUUGGACAUGGUCCUGAGCAAGGAGCUUGGCGAGCCCAACACUGAGCCGAAGUGGUUCACUGAGAUCUUUGAGCGCGGUAUCGACCCUCACGUCGACGAUCCCGAGCAUUGCCAUCGACACUCUGUGGUUCCAACGAAGGCGGAAGACUGGCCUACCCUCGAAGACAUCAUCACCUUCCGCACUCGUGUCCGUGACCGUACCUUCAAGCUAUACGAAGAUCUCGAGAGCGGGAAGCGCACGAUCUACCGCCGGCUUGGACGUGUGCUCAUGUGCGCGUAUGAGCACGAAGCUUGGCACGUCGAGACGCUGCUGUAUAUGCUGAUCCAACGCGCUGGCACUGGGACCCUUCCGCCUCCCGGUUUCCCCACGCCUCUCUUCCCCGAACUCGCCAAGCAAUGGGCGACAAUCCCACCUCCGACUGAGCCCACUGUCACUCUUGGGCCUGCAGAGGUGACGCUCGGUUGGGAUGACCAGGAGUCGGACGACCUCCUCCCCGAGCUCAAGUACAAGACCACGAACCGCGGGUACGGCUGGGAUAACGAGUCUCCCGCUCGUACAGUCCACGUCGGUGCCUUCCGCGCAUCAUGGCGCCCAGUCAGCAACGGCGAGUACCUCGCGUGGUGGCGAACCAAGUCGCUUCCUAUCCCGGCCAGCUGGGUAGAGGAGGAUGGCGAGAUCAUGGUGCGCACGGCGUUUGGGCCUGUGGGCAUGGAUGUCGCGGAGCAGUGGCCCGUUAUGGCUGCAUAUGACCAUAUGGAGAUGUACGCGAAGGGGAAGGGCGGUCGGUUGCCAACUGAGGCUGAGUUGAGGUUGUUCCUCGACUCGUAUAACACUGGGUACGAGGAGGACGGGAAUGUUGGGUUCCGCAACUGGCACCCGGUACCAUCUAAUGCUGGUAUCGACGGCAAGCGCGGCACAAACGGCGGCGUCUGGGAGUGGACCAGCACUAAGUUCGACAGGCAUGAUGGCUUCGACCCCACGACCAUCUUCUCUGGUUACUCUUCUGACUUCUUUGACAACGUUCACCAGGUCGUCUUGGGUGGGUCGUACGCUACUAUUCCGCGCCAGGCCGGUCGGCGCACCGCGCGCAACUUCUACCAGCACAACUACCCGUACGCGUGGGUUAGCGCUCGUGUUGUGUUCGAUGUCGAGGCGUAG